UCCUCUCCUCUCGUCUCAGUCCUCUCGUCUCACCCGUUUCACUCGUCUCACCCCUCUUUUUGGAGACGAGUGAAAGGAGAGGACUGCCAAGCCAUUCUUGGAUCACCCGUCUCAUGUAAGACGGGUGAAUCAAGCAACCAAUCACAGCACAGACCAAUCAGAGCACGUGGCCAGCCGUGACCAGCUCUGCAAUUGGUCAAGCUUUGUUGGUAAAUAAACUUUGAAACAAACAAGGGGCAAUCCGUUUCCCCAAGUGAAAGCUUUGGAUAAUUAUGGAAGUGAUUGAGUUCAUUGAGGAUCUUGAGCGCCUGGAGGAUGAGGAAGUAGAUCAAGAUUUGGAAAUGGUGGAUAUUGUUAAUGCCGGUGGCGGCAUUCGAAUACCACGUCGCCAUAUCCGUGAACAGCGUGCAUCCCCAAUGAAUGAGUUAACAGACAUCAAAUUCCGCAAAAUAUUUGGAUUUUCCAAGGAUAAUGUCCUUCGAUUGGUGGAUACUUUCCGCGAAGAGCUGAAUGUUCAACGUGACAAUUGUUCCACUGCAAUCAUGCCUCUUGAGAAAUUACUCAUCACCUUGGAGUUUCUUCGGACCAAUGGAUUUCAUCGGAGUGUGGGCAUGCAAUGGUAUGUCCUGAGAAGCCCCAGUGCCGUCUGCACCACCGCAAACACCGUGGCCCAUGCUAUAGCUCGUAGAAGGAAUGAUUUUGUAAGGUUGCCUUCACGAGAGGAAGAGGAUGAAAUUGCUCAAGAUUUCUUUGUGCAACAUCAUUUUCCAUGCGUUAGAGGCCUCAUUGACGGAACUCAUCUGGAAAUUGUUCGUCCCCCCAAUCACUAUGGUGAUGUUGAGGUUUUCCGAUGCAGAAAAGGGUUUUACAGCCUGAACAUGAUGGCAAUGUGCGACAGCAGGUAUAGGAUCCGAUUUUUUACCUGCCGGUUCCCAGGAUCUGCCCACGACUCCAGAAUAUUUCGAGAGAGCCCACUUCCCGGUAUUUUGGAACAAAGCUUUGAUCCUCGUCGGCCGCGAUUUGUCUUGGGCGAUCAGGCUUAUCCUCUCUCGAAAUAUCUGCUGACCCCCAUCCGUGAUGAUCGCAUAAAUAGUGAAUCUGAGCGGCGAUACAAUCGUGCCCAUCAGGCAACACGACUCAAUGUGGAUCAUUGCUUUGGGAUGUUAAAGAAUCGAUUUCCUUUUUUGCUUUACAUCAUAAGGAGCAAGAUGGAUAAUGUUGUGGCUCUCGUUACAACGGCCAUCAUUUUUCACAACCUUGCCAUCAAUUUCAAAGAAGACCCUCCCGAGGAAACGGAUGAGGAUGGUGAGCGAGUGGACCACCUUCAAUUUGAUGUCGGAUUGGGAGACGAAGGUGUGGGCGUUGCAUCAGACGUGAUGCGUCGCAAAAUUAUAUCAGAAUUUUUUAAUCGUUAAUUUAUUCUAGUGA